ACUCUCUGCAUAAACCUCAGGGAGUGCAGAUGAUAAACAAGGUUGGAUAAGUUAAAUCAACAGCUUCAGAGGUUACCCCAGGACAGGCCUAUGGUAAUCCUUCUGAUAAUCACUGACCAAAGGGUGGGCAACCAAACAUGUGACAAACUGAUCUACUCAAUAAGGAAACCACUCAAUAGGACGUUACAAGUGGAACGAGCACUCUUAUUGAUGAUCGCUUUUAUAAUGUCUUGAUUAUAUUCAACUGACAAAAUGUGGAAUCUGCUUUUUAUGUUGGGUGUUUGUUCUCUUUGGUUAUGUGCAGCAGAAGUAACAGUCAAAUAUCAGAAGGGAGGAAAUGUCCAGUAUGUUCCGUUAGCACCACAAGCAAACGUGGAGUCUGACAUCAAAAUUUUACAAGAACAAAUAAGUACACUUUUGAAGCAAAGAGAAUAUGACAGAGCUCAGAUCAAGGAGCUUGAAAGAAGAACUAUAGAGAAUCGAGAUGCUUCCAUGAAGAAUGAAGCAAAGGUCGUGCAGUUGAAGGUCCACAUUUCUGAAAUUUUGACCAGACUCACAACAAUUGAUGAAAAUAUUGAGGACACUAAAAAAGAACAGGCUAACCUUGACUACCUACAAAUACAAAACACACUGGGCAUCAAAGAAUGUCAAAAUCAAAAGGACAACCUCAAAAGAUCCAUAAGAAAACUUGACAAGAAGUUAUCUCCCUUGAUAGAAGGAAUACAUAACCAAUAUAGGAAUUUGUCAUCAAAGUUUGAUGUAUUUCGGUAUGAGUAUCGAAACACAUCAGAGUACUUUGUAAGAAGACUUGCAAAAACUGAACACAAAAUUGAAAGCAAAAAAUCACAACACAAGUCUGAUGUCUAUGCCAAAAUGAAAGAAAAAUAUGGAAAAAGGAAGAAUUAUCCUGAUAUCAUAAAUACCAAUGAAGUGGAAGGGUCUGGUGAGAUCGAUGAUGAGUUGAUAAAAACUGGACACCCUAAUUCUAAUGCAGUGGUUGAGGGAAGUGGAGACAACGCUAACACAGUGUCCCCAUUGUAUCUCAAGGUCAAAGACUUUAUUACUGAAAUCUAUGACCGAGACCUAGAAAUAUCUGGUCUUCAUGAAAUGUUUUUUAACAUGGAAGAUCAUCUUGAAAGAAUAGAAGAGAAAAUGACCUCCAUACAGAUGGGAAAUUUUAUGGAAAGACUGCAAAAUUCAUUGGUGAACUUCACACAAAAUGUUAUCACGUUGGAACAAUGGAAAAUAGCUAGCUCAGACAUUGUGAAUUCUACCCAAAUCAAUCAGCAGAAGAUUCAGCAUAUGAUGCAGAUGAUCCUGAACAAUACUCAACAUUUACAAGAACUUGAGUGGAAACUUACAAAUGCUCAGAGUCUAUCAUACCAGCAGUUUAGUUUGCUUAGAAUGCAUGUUAUACAACUCAACAACUCAGUGCAAGAUAUCAAAGAGGAUCUAAUGAAACGGAAAAACAAGUACAACACCCAAUCCGCUAGCACUUAUUCAAAAAUAGCAUCACCUCAACUGAAAACUCUAUCUUCUCGGGUAGAAGAUCUUGCCUUACAAAUCAUAUAUAAUGAAAACCGCAUCUCUAAAUUAGAAAUAGAAGCACUCAACAAUUCUCUCUUUGAAUGUCGCAAGUUUAAUGCAGAUGUUUACCAGGACAGCAGACUACUGUUUCUGGAGAAAUCACAUCGGCGAGUGAACGAGGACAUGGUGAAAAUGCAGGCAGUUAACAGGAAGCUAGACCAGGGUUUAUACCGAGUCUACCUCAGCUCAAAAAACAACACUCAGCUCAUCUCAACUAAUGGAGCUCAUCUCACACAGCUAAAGAACUUUUUACCCUUCAUCAUUGAGACUCAUAGAGAGAUGAUCAACUUUAGACUUCAUUUACCAAAAGAUUGUGAUGAGUACUACCAGCAGGGCAGCAAACUCUCAGGGGAGUACAUCAUUCAUCCACUGUACGCCAACAUGUCCGCCAAAGUUUACUGUGAUAUGGAGGAGGGUGUGGGAGGAUGGACUGUAUUACAGAACCGGUUCGAUGGCAGUGUUAAUUUUGCCAAUGACUGGGACCUGUAUGUUCAGGGUUUUGGUCAGUCUACUGGUGAAUACUGGCUAGGAAACCAGCUCAUUUACUACCUCACAUCUCAGAAGAAAAAUUCACUAAAGAUAGAAAUGACUGAUUUCAAAGACAAACUUUGGGUAGCAGAGUAUGACAUUUUUACUCUCACUGAUGAUGAAAAAUUCACCCUCUCUGUUGAUGGUUACCAUGGAAAUGCCACUGAUGGGCUGAGCUAUGCUAACAGGAUGGGAUUCAGUGCAACAGAUAGGGAUAAUGACGGGACCAGCUCUCACUGUGCAAUGUAUCACUUGGCUGGGUGGUGGUACAAACACUGUCACUAUGGCAACCUUAAUGGUCGAUAUGACCUGGGAAUGGUGUGGUACAAUUUUGAUACGGAUGAAUGGAUACAGCUGAAAACUAGCAAAAUGAAAAUUAUACCAAGAAAAUGAUAAGUAGACUAGGAGAAGCAAAAUAUAGACAUUCCAGUGCCUUGACUACCUCAACAAUUGAUGCAAAUUAGCUUUUAUAUUGCAUACAAAGUAUACUACUAGAACAAUUUGUUAAUAAACAAAGGCUGGAUCUUAUUCCAUAUGCAAUUUUCCCAUUCAUCCAAUUUCUGAUACAUGUAUAUUCAUCAAAAUCAUGCCCUAAUUUUCAAUACCAUGAAAAAAAAAAUACAGAUUCCCUUCAUUGAAAAUAAAAAUAUACCAGCUAUUUCAAAUAUAUAUUAUUAGAUAGAAAUAAACUAAUUUUCCCCUUUCUGUUCUGUAAAAGAUUAAAUACUGUCUGUUAUCAAUUUAUCUUUAACAUGAAAUCUGCUAAAUGACCUUGAUUUUUCAUUCUCAAGUAUAUUGACAACAGAUGAUUAAAAUUUAACAUAAUGUAAAAUAUCUGUAAUACCUCUGAAGACCACAUUAUCUUUAAUUUAAUGCUUUGGAAAUGUAAAUGCAUCAAUGAAAACAAUUCCUCAAAAUUCUUUCCUGCUGAAUUGUUUUUGUCAGUAAACAGGUGUAUCAGUUUUGGGCCACCCAUGUAAAAGAAACAAUCUGAAGCUAAUUGACCUCUUUGUACUUGCUGAUCUCUCAAUAUCCACACUGUACUUUAAGUGGUUAAUGUUUCGCAUUCAAUUAUCAGGGUACCAUGAUAACACUAAUUUGGGUAAUUAAAUUAGCACAGUAUUUUCAACUAUCUUAAUUGCUUUGAUUACUUCAUUAAAAAAAAAAUCAUUAAAUGUAACAGAAACAGAACUUGAUCUACUUGUAUAUUAUUUAGAGUAAAUUUACAUGAAUAGUUUAUGUUAAUUAUGUACUCUGUCAAUCAUUUCUUAUCAUAAAAACCUAUUCCGGUGAUUCAGGCACCUAUACUGAUAUAGAAUGGAGUCAUUCUCCAACCGGUAUCAGUGCUUCAGGUUUAGUAAAAUAAAAAAAUAAAAUAAAUAAAUGGUAUGCUAGGGGUAAUAAUGACUUUUUAAAAAAUAAAGACUCUAAGGAUUUGCAUGGACAGAACAUUUCGAUUUGUAACUUAUAAAUCCAUACAAAAUAACAAAGAAUUUUUUUUAAGGAGUACUUUGUUGUCAGAUAUUAUCAAUGAUAUGAUUCAUAAAUAUAUGUGCUUUUUAAAAAUUAUUCUGUUUUUCUAAAGCAAUAAUCAUGUCAAUAUUGAUUAAACGAGUUGCCAGAUGUUCACUCUUUCAAGUACGAGACCGAUUUUUAAAAAAUCAUGAAUUAGAUCUAUUAAACAGACUGUAGACUGUUUUUUGAGUAUUUUUAUGUAUUUCAGACUGUUUACAAUAAAAUUCAGUGUCAAUA